CCUUGCCGUGCGUAAAGACACGUGAUGACGUUUGGAGAAAAAAAAUCAGGAAAUCCACCAAAACGAAAACUUCACGCUUUUAAGAUGGCGUGCUACGACUCGUGUAAGACCCUGGAGGAGGACAGUUAUGAGGGUGCAGUGGGGGGAGAGCUGUCUGAGUGUGCUCUGCAGAUGAUGGAAAAGGACCGUGAGUCACUCCUGAGCCCAUCGGAGGGGCCCGGAACCCUCACAAGCAGCAGCAGUCUCUCGACCCCGACCCCUCAGCAGGGCUACGAUGUGGAGUUUGACCCCCCUCUGGAGAGCAAGUACGAGUGUCCCAUCUGCCUCAUGGCCCUCCGCAACGCUGUCCAGACACCUUGCGGACACCGAUUCUGCAAGAACUGCAUCGAGAAAUCCAUACGGGACACGGGGCAGAAGUGCCCGGUGGACAAUGAGAUGCUGUCUGAGGACCAGCUGUUUCCAGAUAACUUUGCCAAACGAGAGAUUCUGUCUCUCAGUGUGCGCUGCCCCAACCCUGGCUGCUCAGGCAAGAUGGAGCUCCGCACUCUAGAGAACCACCUGUCUGUGUGCGAAUUCUCCACCCUCCCCUGCCCUCACUGUCAGAAGGCAGUGAGGAAGAGCCUGGUGGAGCAGCACGCCGGAGAGGAGUGUCCCCGCAGACCUGUGUGCUGCCCAGACUGUGUGGUCUAUUACAUCUAUGAGGAGAGACAGGUCCACGAGCAGCAGUGUCCCUUUGCCAGUGUUACGUGUCAGUACUGCGACAUGGACCUCCUAAGAGACCAGAUGGAAUCCCACUGUGACACUGACUGUCCAAAGGCACCCAUAGCAUGUACCUUUAGUAUUUUUGGCUGCAAGGAAAGGAUGCUGAGACAUGACCUGGCCCAGCACAUGCAGGAGUUCACUCAGAUGCACAUGAGGUUCAUGGCUGAGUUCCUGCGAGGCCUUAGUGUGAACGGUGCCAAGCCUCGAGCCGCCUGUAACGGCGCCCCUCCCCAGCCCAGCGAGGAAAUGCAGAGGCUGCGGGAAAUGGACACACGGCUGGUGAAGCAGGACCACCAGCUGAGAGAGCUCAUCAUACUCAAGGAGACACAGACGGGCCAGCUGACAGAGCUGCGUCGUAGGGUGUCCAUGCUGGAGGAGACGGUGAAAGAGCUGGAGGCACAGCAAUGCCAUGGAGUGUUCAUCUGGAGGCUGCGCAACUUCUCUGCUCUGCUUAAGAACCAGGAGGCAGGCCAGCCUGUGGUGGAGCACAGCCCAGGCUUCUACACCGGACGGCCUGGUUACAAGCUGUGUCUGCGGCUGCACCUGCAGACACCCAGCGCCCUGCGCUGCUCCAACUACAUCUCCCUCUUUGUCCACACCAUGCAAGGUUUAUUUGACAGCCAGCUGUCCUGGCCCUUCCAGGGUGUCAUCCGCCUGGCCAUCCUGGACCAGGGGCCUGAGGGCCAUCACCACAUGGAAAUGAUGGAGACCAAACCAGACCUGCAGGCCUUUCAGAAGCCCACCAUCCAGCGCAACCCCAAAGGCUUUGGCUAUGUCACGUUCAUGCACCUGCAACAGCUGAACCAGAAGGCCUUCAUCAAAGACGACACACUGCUCAUCCGCUGUGAGGUCACCCCGCGCUUUGACACUGGACACAGGGAAGGGCCCGCAGUGCAGGCCCGGGGCCUCGAGGCUCCUGCUGCCCGGGACUAAAAACCAGACUGUGGCUCUUACCGCCAGGGAAUAAAAACAUACAACCGGACUGAAGCCCCUAUUACCAGGGACUAAGGAUACAUGACCAGACUGUGGCCCUUAUCACCUUUAUCACCUAAAUAUACAACCACACUGUCCCCUCCCUACUGCCCAGGACCAGAGACGUACAACCAGACUGUGGCCUGUGCUGUCUGGGACUUAGGAGCAAGCUGAAGGAGCCCAGGCCUUCACCGCACAUUACAGAGGAGUUCCACUGCUGACACUGGUGCCAUUUACAGAAUAACUACAUGUCUCUUAGAUUUCUUAGCUCAAUACAAACACGAUAUAAAUGCUUUGACCACUUUACAGUUACAUAUCAAGUUCAAUUUCUUUCCAAUACAUUGCAAAGUAGCAGAGACUGAGGCCUAAGGAAAUUUAAAGUAAAAUCCAGAGCGCACUAAAAGAUCGACCCAGAGGAGUUGAAAUAAGCACAUUUUCUCUAGGUAAAUGAAUGUAAGGAGAGAUGUGAGUAGGAGCCAGUCUGGGACAUGCACUAGCUGAUGUGAGGCCUUUAAGUUUCAUUACAGAUGCUGUAUUUUACUUUUCCUCUCACUUCAAGAAUCAUCUAAGGCUCUGACACACAACCUUUACACAGAAGAACAAUAUCACAAAGUGUUUGAAUCAAAUGGUGCCAUAAGGAAGCGUUCUAGCACGUCACUAACCCACAGCACAACUGCACACUUUAUGAACGCUGAAUGUUGCUCUUUUUGCUCGUUAGGUGUGGACUCUUAACAGUAAAUGCCUUUUUGUGAACAAUCUCUAGAUCAAUCUCUUACUAUAGUUCUCAGUGUGUCUGUGUGUUUGUCACUGGCUAUAAUUUAUGCAUUGUAUAUUCAUGUUAAUAUUUUAAUGUUUGUGUAUUUCAUUCAUUAAAAACAUUGAACUUUA